AUGUUCAUAUUUGGAGUGAUGCUAUUCUGUGCUGGCUUCCUCCUGUCUAUCUUUGGUUUUCAGACCUGCCAGCUGGAUAAUCUCAACAAUUGCAGUUUGACUUUUAAAGUACUAGGACCUGCCCUUGCCGUGAUAGGACUGGCUUCUGUUGUGAUGGCAAGAUCUAAAGCCAGGCUUGAAGCCAGAAGAAGACAAUUCGAAGGUGAUCAGACUGAUCCAGACAGCUUCUUUCUUUGUGGUGAAAGCCGCCAGUUUAUACAGUUUUUAUUAUUUGGAUUUUUGUUUGUUGCCUGUGGAAUAUUAGUUAGUGUCCUGGGUGUUUGGAUUCCCGGAUGUGGUGCUGUUUCCCCAAGCCAAAAUGUUACUGGGACAGGAACAUCUUAUAGAAACUGUGGAUUUCUUUCUCUGCAAAUAAUGGGACCUUUAAUUGUUUUGAUUGGGUUGUGUUUUCUUUUUGUGGUGGCCCAUAUAAAGAAGAGGCAAAGUUUUUCUGAUAAUAAUGAUUCAAUUUUAGAUGAGGAACCACACUCGCCAACAGACGAACCUUUCCAAAUAACUGUAGGUAAGUACUCAAAAAUGUGUCAGCAUGCAACUUUUACUGUUUAA